UUUGUUUGAUAUUCCUGUCGUUCGAUUCGUGCUCUCCACAAACGGGUCUGAAAGGGGUUGCCGCAACACCACCACCACCAGCGCCACAGAGCCCCCCAUACAUGACAACACGCAGGUCGAUGCUGUUGGACCCCGCACCGCCGAGCGACAGCUCUGAGCUCACCGACGAGAGCUCGUUGAGUCACCAGCUCGAGACCCAGGCGCAAGAUCCAAAAUCGCCCGGAUUGGACGAGGCCGCUGCCGCUGCCGCUGCCGCGCUCGCAACCACCUCCGAGUCGCUGCUGCUGCCAGCGUCCUCGUCCUCUACACCGACGGACGGCACGUCGCUCGCCGCAUCUCAGUCGGAGACUAGGUUUGCCUCACAGUUAAUGACAAGACGGCAUAGUUACAUGGCGUCCAUUGUCGUGACAGACCAUGAAGGUGUGGAGUCGUUGCACCACGAUGGCUCGAGCGGCAACACGCCAACAACAACCCUGCGACCAGAGAUCAAUUCUUCGGUAGAGCCCUCACCGGCCGUCUCAGACGCGGAAGACAGCGAUGACGAGGUCCUUCAAAUGAAGGCGCCGCGCACGAAAGACUUGUCACGAUUUCUGGACAAGCACGAGCCCAACAUUGUGGAAAAGCGCCGACCCUCCUACGUCAUUUCGAGCACGGGACAGGCGCAAAUUCUCGAAGCCCAUGUCCCGCUGGCUGCAAAAGCCUCGUCCGAUUUGACAGCAAUACCAGUGACGGUGCAGCACCGUUUCUCGGUUGAUCAAUUCCUUCCCAAGGCCGUUCCGCUGCAUCGUCUGCCGUCCAUCAAUCAACUAGACACUGUCGACGUAGACACCACACGUUACAGCAUGAACGACCCGACACGUCAGAGCAUGCUGCUUGAAAUGCCGCGAAAAAGCACGUUCAUUGGAAACGACUCGACCUUGGAAGCAUUUCGGGAAGAUUCGCUGGUGGUUGCUGGCGAGCAUCAGGCGACGGAUGGUGGCCGGCGACCUGUGCUUCACCUUUCCAUCCGCUACACGAUGACGCAGGCAGACGCCUCAAGAAGCGUUCCCAAGAUGCAGCUCGAGCUGAGCGAGAUCCAGUUGGCGAAUGUCUCUGAGGAGCUGAUGGCCAGCAACCCCUUUGUCGAGUUUUACCUCCACCUGUCGGCUUCAUCAGAGGCAGUGGCAGCAACAGUGCCGUUGGUUCAGCACGCGCCAAAGGACAGCGCGCUUGUUCGCACCACCAGCACGACCAAGUUCAAUCACGCACAGGCCAAUGCCCCAGUUGCUGACGACACCUCCAUCACUUGGCGCGAUAUUCUCGUCUUUGAUUGGGAUGGCAAGCGGACACGUGCAGACCGCGCCGAGGCGCCAAAGGACGCAUCCUCGCUGCAACCGGCCACUGCGAAGCGCUCGCUUUCGACCUCUCGAUCCCGUUACCCAAUCUUGCGUGGCGUAAUCAAGUGCAACACUUCUCAAACAAGUUCCACGAGUCUGCCACCACCACCAGCAGCAGCAUUGUCUAACAACGAGGCUGGAGCAGUAACCACCAUGCCCAGCUCUCCCAGGCUGGGCUCUCGAUCCGCACUUGGUUCCAGCUCGGAUUCUUCCUUCGAGAUGCAGUCGUUGCCUCGUCACCAUUCAGCCCGACUGAGCGGGACUUCAAAGUCCCAAAAUCAGUUUGGCAUUGCUGCCCUCCUUUCGUCAGUGGCUGCGUCCCCCGCCUUCGCCCAACCUGCCGCAGCAAAUGCAAUGCUCUCGUCCUCCUCUCUCGUGCAAAACACUUCGGUUGUGUCUGCGGUUGGCGAGAUUGUUGUUCGCCUGGCCAACAUGCGAGGAGAUAGCGUUUCUUCAACGUGGUACCGCGUCACGGCGCUGCACCCGAUUUUGCAUGACAGAUCAAACAGCGCAUCGUUGAUGCCCAAGCACCUUCUCCAAAACAUUAAGCGCCGAUUCGGCAUCCACGACCGGAACAUGCAGUCUGAGACUGUCGAUCUCGCAAGGGUCCUGCACAACAAUGAUCCGUCAAAGCACAAGCUAUGGCGAAAACGCUGCUCGUUACGAACAUUGAUUGCCCUCUUCUUGUGCAUCUUCCUGAUUGUAGCCGUGGCAACCUCGGUGUCUAUUACCUACACGGCCUCCAAAGACCAGACUUUGAAAACUGCCGCCGCCUUGCUGGCUGCUCAAGCAGUUUCGAUUGACAAUCAGCUGGGCGAACUCCUUCUACCACCACUCGUUACCACCACUGUAGCCGCCAACAUGCUGCAUCUCAUGCCAUCGCCCAACAUUACAGUUCUGGCACAUGCAAUAUCGAGUACCUUUUCGCAAACAGACGCCAUGCUGAACGCCACGCUGCUGUACUGUGCCACCCCGACCGGCCUCUUUGUCGGUGCAGGCUUGACUGGAGAUAAUUUCGACACUCCAUGGAUUGCUAUUGUCGAUCCCUCUGGCGGCUUGGUGCGCGACUCGUACGGCGUCUCUACGACAUGCUUACCUUGGGAUUUGAACUGUCAAGUUUACAACACUUCAAACGUCCUUUACCCUCCGGCGGCUUACAAUGCAACUUCGCGUGCCUGGUAUGCUCUUGGCAUCACGACAACAACCCCAGCAUGGACUUCGGUCUAUACGUUUUCGUCCCCCGUGCAGGCUGGUAUCUCGGGUGUUGCGCCAGUGCGAGACCCUGUUUCCGGCGAAAUCCUCUAUGUCGUCGCGAUCGAUUUGCUCCUCACGGGCAUUUCGUCCUACAUGGAGGGUCUCGACCUUCAAGAAGGUGGACUGUCCAUGCUUUUGGAGCCAUCCACGUCCAACCUCAUUGCGACCUCGGUCAAUGCCCCUCUGGAGGCUGGCGGCUCGCUUGUCAUUGCUCAGCACAGCGUGAACCAAGCUGUUGCCGAGGUGUCGCAGGGGGCUUUGUGUGCGCUGUGCGGCUGUCCUCGGAAUGGAAACUACUCGUGGUACUGCGGAGCUCUGGCACCAUUGCACCCCUACCAGCAAGUUGAGACGUUCACUCUGAGCAAUGACAUGCUCGCCACCGUUCAUCUCUUCCGGGACCUCACGGGUCUUGAGUUCAUUUUGAUCGUUGCCGUUCCCCAGAGCGUCUUUUUGGAGGGGUUGAACACUGCGAUCGGGGAGUCCAUUGGUGCUGCAGCCGGUAUCACGGUCGGCUCAUGCUUGCUGGGAUUUUUGAUCCUGACGCUUGUCACGCGGCAACUCAUGCGCACCACCAAACAACUGAGUGAGUUUUCGGACAUGAAUUUCUCCAGUGGCGUGGACGAGUCCGAUCUGAAUGCGCCCAUCAAAGAAGUGAGUCGCGUUUCCAAGGCGCUGCUCCACAUGCGUGCCUCCCUCCGGUCUUUCUCCAAGUAUGUGCCGCUUGAGGUUGUCCAAUACCUGGGUCACAACAACAUGGUUGCAUCUCUUGGCGGCGAUCGGCGCUUUAUCACCAUUUUCUUUUCGGACAUUGCCGACUUUACCAAGAUUUCCGAAAAGCUCGAUCUUGACAUGCUUAUUGAGCUACUUGGCGAGUACUUGGAAGAAAUGUCGACUAUUGUUAAUUCGCAUGGAGGAAUGGUGGACAAGUAUAUCGGUGACGCCAUCAUGGCGCUGUGGAAUGUUCCCGUUGCCAAGGAGGGUCACCCAGUUCUUGCUUGCAGUGCUGCACUCGAGUGUCACCGACGACUUGCCGAGCUUCGAAAAGCGUGGGUGGCUCGAGGGUUCCCGGAAGUUGCUGCACGUAUUGGCAUUCAUUCCGGCGAAGCCAUUGCUGGCAAUUUCGGAUCCAAGGCUCGCUUGAACUACACGGCGAUCGGUGAUGCCGUGAAUCUUGCCAGCCGUCUAGAGGGCCUCAACAAGUCCUAUGGCACGUAUGUUAUGAUUUCCCAAGACACUUACGCUCACGUUAGAGAUUUCUUCGUCUGUCGGCCUCUGGAUCUCGUCGCAGUCAAGGGCAAGGCGCUGCCAGUUGUCGUCUACGAGCUCAUUUGCCACGUCGCAGAAGCAACCAGCGACCAAAUCACUAAAGCCAAGCUUUUCACGCGUGCGUUUGAAGCCUACAUUGCUCGCGACUUUUUCGGCGCGCAGCAGCUCUUUGUCGAGUACCAGCAGUUGGUGCCAGACGACGAGGCGACCAAGCUUCAGCUCGAGAACCUGACAGAUCUGAUUCACAAUCCCAUGCGAGCCAAUCUUGUGCGCGUGAUGCACGAAAAGUGAUUCAGAUGGUUUUUCAUUUUUUUUUUCGAUUUGAGGUUCUGUUGGUGUGUGUUGAUGUGUGUGUAUGAAUGUGUGUUUGUCCAACACGAUUUUUUGAUUCC